UUUGAAGAGGCUGGACAAGAUAAAGACAAAGCCUCCACUGAUGUUUACCUGAAGGAUCCUGAAUCAACAAGUGGAGAAAAAGAUGGGGAGGGAAAGAGGGAGGAAGAUAAAGAAGGUGGGCAGGUGGAAGAAGUCAGGGACAAAGAAAUGAAGGAUAAUAACAAAGAGAAGAAGAGUAAAACAGAGCAAAAGGCCAACGAAGCUGGAAAAGAUGUGAAUGAAAAAGCAGAAAAAGGGGCAGAGAAGAAAAAACAAGUCAAGGAAGUGGAUGUAGAGACGAAAGACAAAGGAAAGAUUAAGGAGGUAGAAAAGCAAGGGAAGCCCAAAAGAAAGAGUGGUCCUCCCUCCUCUUCUCUCUCCCGACCAAGACUCUCUGCACGCUCUAUUAGAGCGUCUGCUAAAAAUGACAUCAUUGCGAAGUUCCAGCAAGGUGCACCAGAGACACCCAUACCCCGCAACUUUAAGAUUCAGAGGUCAUCUGCAGCUGUGGCUACAGGAGCUUCAAUUAAACAGAAGAUGCUUCAGUGGUGUCGCAACAAGACUCGCAACUACAAGGGCGUCGAAAUAGAAAACUUUUCAUCGUCCUGGUCAGAUGGGUUGGCGUUCUGUGCUCUGAUGCAUCGUUUCUUUCCUGAUGCUUUUGACUACAGCUCCCUGAAUCCAGAGGAGAGGGAGAAGAACUUCACUCUAGCCUUCCAAACUGCAGAGUCUCUGGCCGACUGCUGCCCUCUGCUGGAAGUGGGUGAUAUGAUGAUGAUGGGUAAAAACCCGGACCCCAUGUGUGUGUUCACAUAUGUGCAGUCCCUCUGCCACAGCCUCUCCAAAAUAGAGAAAGAGAGGAAGGACAAAGAAAAGGAGGAGAAAGAGCCGGCUGGUGUGGGAGAAGAGAAAGGAGAAGAAGCAGCAGGGGAGGUGUCCCCGAAGAAGGACGAAGGAGACUGUGCUGAGAAUGAGGCGAUGGAUAGCCAGGGAGAAGUAACAGAGACAGAGGGCACCGGCGAGGAAGGAAAUGCACCAAACAACUGUGAGAUGGAGGGAGAUGGAGGAGUGUUAGUCGAGGCAGAGUCCUAGACAAAUUCUGACAACAAACAGAAAGACUGAAAAGACCAAAAAGGUUGUUGAUGGUUGCGGUACUACAAUGAGUAAGUCUUAGCUUGGUGUCAGAUUGACUACUGGCAAAGUGAAGAGGAAUAUUAUGUUGGCUCUCAACUCAAAUGCUAGUAAUGUGAUGUUACAGUUAGCAGUAUGUUCAAAAGUGUAUUAUGCUGUGUUUUUUUAUUCACUGCUGUGUUGUUGAAUAUAUUUGUUUAGGGCACAUGAAGCUGACCGUAUAAUACAGUGUAAGUACGUGGGAAAUCUAACUCAUAAGGUUAUGAUUUGAGACAAAUCUUUAUGAAUGUAUUCACAAUGGAUAAACACCACUCCAUUAAUAAUUGUAAAGUCCAUUAUAGAGUUUGAGCCAGAGUUUUUUUGUAUUGCCUAAUAAUAAUAAAACUUUUAUUGUUAGAUGUUGUUCAAGGGACGAUAUGAGGUCUGUAAAGUAAAGGGUUGCCCUCACACUAAAAUUAAGCAAAGGAUAACUGGCUACACUGACUGAUAGGUCUUUAAAUAUAAGGACUAAGCAACAACUAAAAUUAAUAGAAUAUUAAAACUACAAUAAAAACAGUGCGUAAACAAGUCUUUUUACAUAGUUAGGCUACUCCCUUUUAUUCACCUCUGUUACCUCUAUA